UCAGGGGCAAGCCCCACUGAUGACACGGCACCAACCGCCAUCCGCUUCGCUUAUCCCCCGCGCCGCCACCAUCUCCAACUUUCCAAGCGGCCCUGGGGUAACGCAGAGGUUCAUCCACUUUGCUCAGCUGCUUUUAUCAGACGGACCCGAAGAACCCGCUAGUGUUUACCGGUGCUGAACAACUUGAAGAAUGUCGCAAGGCAAAGCAAGAGUCAUUUCUACCGAGCUCUUAUCCAACAGUGAGGCCGAGUGGAAGAGACUAGUCAAGACAACCUACAUCGGCCAGGACGGCGUCACCCGGACAUGGGAACACGCGGAGCGGACCACUCGUCCCAAGGGCAGCGAUUUUGAUGGUGUAAGCGUCAUUGCUAUCCUGGAAAAGGACACUGGCCGCGAGAUUCUUCUCGAGAAGCAAUAUCGUCCACCUCUUGAUAAGAUUUGCAUAGAGCUUCCUGCUGGUUUGGUGGAUAAAGGGGAAACGGCCGAACAGGCAGCUGUCCGGGAGCUCAAGGAAGAGACAGGUUAUGUUGCGCAAGCCUUGACGACGUCGCCGAUUAUGUUUAAUGAUCCCGGAUUCUGUAACACGAAUUUCAAAGUAGUCGAGGUCAGCGUGGAUAUGAGCCUGCCGGAGAACCAGAACUUGAAACCCGAGCUCGAAGAGAACGAAUUCAUCGAGGUCUUCCACGUUAAGCUCGCCGAUUUGUGGGACGAAUGUGUCAAAUGGGAGGCUCAGGGGUAUGCGCUUGAUGCUCGCCUGGCCAGUUUCGCUAAGGGUAUUCAAAUUGCGAAGAAAUACGGACUGUAACCAGGCCGUAGAAGGAAUGAAGAUGAGAGUUGCGGACAUUGCCGUUGAGCG